UGGUAUAUACGAAGAACUUCACCAUCUCCCAUUCCUUAAUUCACCAACUCGUAGAGCUUCUUGAACUUGUAACAAUGGUUAUCCAUUGUAAUACUUCCGGCCUUGUGGUGGUGGUGGCGGCCCUUUCGCUGGUGGCGGCGGCGGCGUCCGCCGGCAACUUCUACCAGGACUUCAACAUCAAGUGGGGCGACGGCCGCGCCAAGAUCCUCAACGGCGGCAGCCUCCUCACGCUCUCCCUCGACAAGGCUUCCGGCUCCGGCUUCCAGUCCAAGAACCAGUACUUGUUCGGCAAGAUUGACAUGCAGCUCAAGCUCGUGCCCGGCAACUCGGCCGGCACCGUCACCUCCUACUACCUGUCCUCGUUGGGUUCGAACCACGAUGAAAUUGACUUCGAAUUUCUUGGCAACCUAAGUGGAGACCCCUACGUUCUGCACACGAACGUGUUCACGCAAGGAAAGGGAAACAGAGAGCAGCAAUUCUAUCUCUGGUUCGACCCCACUAAAGAUUUCCACACCUACUCCAUUCUAUGGAACCCUCAAAGCAUCAUCUUUUCGGUGGACGGAACUCCGAUCAGGCAAUUCAAGAACCUGGAAUCGAAGGGGAUCCCAUUCCCCAAGAGCCAGCCGAUGUGGAUAUACUCGAGCCUGUGGGACGCCGAGGACUGGGCGACGAGGGGCGGCCUGGUGAAGACGGACUGGAGCCAGGCCCCUUUCACCGCCGCCUACCGGAACUUCGCGGCCCAGGCGUGCGUGUGGACGGCGGCGUCGGCUGGGGCGUGUAAUUCGAACGGGUCCGGCGACUCGUGGCUGAGGCAAUCGCUGGACAGCGCGGGGGAGGCGAGGAUGAAGUGGGCGCAGAAGAAUUACAUGAUCUACAAUUACUGCGCCGACACGAAACGCUUUCCUCAGGGGCCUCCUCCGGAGUGCUCGCUGACAUGAGUUUUAGGAAUCACUGUUUAAUUUCAGUUCCGCCCCUUUCUUUUUGGCUUUUGCUGUCUCUCUCCCUCUCUCUAUGUGUCUAUACACGCACAUAUAUAUAUAUAUAUAAAGCUCAACCUGUAGUAUUAAUUAAUGUUCGUUGUUUAAUCAAUCAAAUACUUUUGUUAAUAUAUUAAUCUAAAGUUAUAUUAAUAUUAAUUAUUGAAUAAAUUUCACUCGUCCCCUUUGUGAUCAA